UGCACGUGGACGGUUGCCGUAGUUUGUGUUGACCUCGUUGCCAUGGUUACGACGUCUAACUUGUGAGGCGGUAUCUUAGUUAGCGUGACAUUUCCCAUGAAUGUAUACAGAGAACUAUGUUACUGUGGCAUAUUUUGGGGUUUUUAUAAAGUGUUUAUUUUAAGAAGACACUGAGUUGUGUUUACAUUCUACGAGGAUGUUUACUCAAAUUCCAGAGAAGGAGGUGGAGGUUCCUGACCUGAAGCUAAGUUUCAUCUUUGGAAACAGUGUUGUCUCUCCCCACAUUCUGCCUGAGGAUGCAGAGGCACAGGAGCUCCCAGAAUAUUAUUCAACAGAGACAUUAUGUCUGAGCAGAACUCAGCAAAAACAUGUUGCAGAAAGUAUUUUGAAAAGUAGCACACUAAAGUAUUUAUAUCUUGAAGGCAACCAGUUAUCCAGUAUCCCACAUUCAAUGUUCAUCAGCUUGCCCAAUCUUCUGUGGCUGGACCUCAGAAAUAACCAAAUUGCAUCACUCCCUGCCGAAAUUGGCUUGAGCAGAUCUCUGAGAACAGUACUUCUUGAAGGAAACCCCAUCUCGGAACUUCCAGCAGAAUUGGGAAACGUGAUUACCCUCAAAGGCCUGAACCUGAGGAACUGCCCCAUCAGUUUCCCUCCCCAACACAUUGUGAACCAGGGGCUCCAGAGCAUCCUCCAGUACCUCAGGAGUGAUAUGGCUAAGCGGCCAGUCAGCAGGAGAAGAAGCCCCCCAGAGUUGCCAGUGGUGGAGAAGCUUCAGCUGUCAGAGCUGAUGGGGUCCAGUAUGGAGGAGCAUGAUGAGUCAGUGGAUGAGGACGAGCUGCACAGGUUUAAGGAACUCAAACACAAGAUGAUCCUGCUGGACAAAGCUGAGCUGGGCUCAAAAGCACAGGGAGGUAGAAACCCAAAGUCACUACUUCUUCCUAUUAUCAAAAGAAAAAAGGCAACCACCAAGGCCGGCAUAAUUCCUGAGCUUCCCCUGUUUGACACUCAGCAUUGGAAGAGACCAGAAGAAAAGAGACAGGCUGCAAUGAAAGAACUGAAGGAGAAACAAGCUAUUCUCGAUCAGAGAAAAAAAAGCCAAGACGCUCUUAAGAAGUGGCGUACACAAGCCAAGAACACACAGGAGAAGAAAAUGCCUGAGCAGAAGAAGCAUGCCGAACAAAGAAACCAAGAGGAAGCAGAAACAGACACGCCCUGCAUGUCCAUCACGGAGUGUGAGGAGACCAGAUUAGCCCGUGAGCUGGAGCGGCAGAUCCGUGCCCGUAUUGAGAAGAUGCAGGAGAGACGCAGGAAUCCCAGGGGCACGGCCACCGAGCAGAUGGCAGUUGCAGAGCAUGAUGUGAAGGAGAUGAGGAAGAUACAGGCUCGGCUUCUAGAGAGGAAGAGAAAUCAGGAAAGAGAUCUCGAAAAUCAUUUCACUAUCUUCACUGGCGAUACCUGGCCAAGUUUCAUUGACAAAUAACAGGGAUUGUACCGCCUGUUUCAGUUUGUGUUAUUACGUUCAUACUGAAGUGCCAUUGUAAAGACCCAGACCUUUAUGAAUGACCACUGAAAUGCUAAUAUCAUGAAAAUAAAGAUCACAGUUCUGUU